UUGCGCAUGUUGUUGGCCAGUUUCUGUCUUGGAACUUGCUCUGAGUUAUUUCUUUCUUACGUGACUAUAGUCGCUGACAUAACUAGCUACCUUCUAACGUGUUUUAGCCACAAGCGGACCAGAGAGAUUUUGCUCAAACAUGCUGGACUUGUUGCUGGUACAGAUGAACAGCCGGAUGUUAUGCUAAUAGCUAGUAGCUAUGAUGUAACUUAGUGAUGUGCAGUUCGCUAACUAUUCGACGAUUCGUUAUUUUACGACUUUUUUUUUUUACUGACGUGUCAUGAUGUUUGAGUGAAUCGAUCCUUUUGGAUUUCGUUUACCUGCUGGCCGUUAUGAGUAAUAUAAUGUUUAAUACGCGCUCCUCCGGCUCAGCGGCUCCGGAGACAUGCUCUGACCAAACAACUAAAAUAUUUUUUUAUUUCACCUUUAUUUAACCAGAAAGCCCACCAGUCAUGUCAGGUAUUGCAUUGAGCCGGCUUGCUCAGGAGCGCAAAGCGUGGCGGAAAGACCACCCUUUUGGCUUUGUGGCUGUGCCCACAAAAAAUCCAGAUGGAACAAUGAACUUGAUGAACUGGGAAUGUGCCAUUCCUGGGAAGAAGGGGACCCCAUGGGAAGGAGGCUUGUUCAAACUGCGGAUGCUGUUCAAGGAUGACUAUCCUUCCUCGCCCCCAAAGUGUAAAUUUGAGCCUCCGCUCUUCCAUCCUAACGUAUAUCCGUCAGGCACAGUAUGCCUAUCCAUUCUAGAAGAGGACAAGGACUGGAGACCCGCCAUCACCAUCAAGCAGAUCCUAUUAGGAAUACAGGAACUCUUAAAUGAGCCAAAUAUCCAGGAUCCAGCCCAAGCAGAGGCAUACACAAUUUACUGCCAAAACAGAGUAGAAUAUGAAAAAAGAGUUCGCGCACAGGCCAAAAAAUUCUCCCCUUCGUAAGGGUGAAGGCUUGGCUUCGGCAGAAGGAAUGGGUCAAACGCGGAUCACCUCUGUUUCUCUAUGAAUGUGCCCCUCUCACAUCGGGACUUGCUUAUAAGGACUUCUAUUUAAAACUGAUACAUUCUGUGCCAUCCUCUUUUCCUUUUUUUGUUCUUUACCUCUGGGUUGGAGUGUGGCAGGCGCUAGGAUGAAAUGGGAGCCGUAGCACCCCGGCCGCUUCCUUUUUUUAGCCGUAUUACUUGUCUUGUGGUGCGAGGGACAGAGCACAGUAACGGUUUUGCCAUCGACUCAAAAUAAGCCUCUUUUGAGGAAGAGACCGUCUUGGUUGUCUUUGUCUUUUGUUUAAUUUCUCUCACAGGGUCUGUUCCUUUAAAAAAAAAAAAAAACACCCCUCUUGUAUUUUCCUUGAUUUUUAAUUCUGUAAAAUUAGCUAUUUACUUAAAUGUCAGUAUUUCAACUGCUGUAUAAUUAGUGGCACUUUUUAUACUGUAUUAUCUCACUAGUUUCUCUAGAAUGCUCGGUCUGAUUCUCUUAUGCAGGUUUUCUAUUCAGCAUGCUGUAAUAUAAAAUAAUCUGCUGCCUUGGCUGUCUUUUUUUUUUUUCUUUUGUUAUUUGUAGUGUUUGCAUUUUUUUAUUUUUUAUGGCCUCGUCUCAAUGCAGGUAGGCUUACUUCUGUAUUAAACUCUAUUUAUAGGGUGCUUUGUUCAUGUACGUGUUAGACUAAAUAAACCGUUUCUAUAAAGCCAUUGUUAUACUUUCUGUCUCGCAGUAAAACUAGUGUUUUAACAAAUGCUGGCAUAGAUUUGUUUUUAAAGCUAUAGCUGGACCCCCCCCCACAAGAAACACUGUUUAUAUACCAUAUUUUGUACAGAUGUUUGUUUGAUCAUCAUGAUACAGUAAAACAUCAUACUUUAUCAAGAAAUUUGA